AUGAUGAUUCUUCUGUGCGUUUUCACAUUGAUCGUCUCGUCUUCAGAAGCCAUCAAACGCCAAUGGGCCUCAGAAGUUACAGCCUUUUCGUCACAGCACAACACAGCCGGAUACUCAGCAAAACAGAUGUUGGGAAAACCCAAUGUUUAUCCUCGCUAUGGUGAUUUCCCAGGGACAUGGACACAGGCAACUGGACAACUAAAUGAGAACCAGUUUAUACAGGUCAGAUUUCCAGAAAAGGUUUGGCUUACCAAGGUUGUUAUAUAUGAAACGUAUAAUGCCGGAACUGUCAAGAGAAUAUUGGCGAAGAAUAAAGAAAACCAGUGGGUUGAAAUUUUUGACGUUUCCCCUGAACACACAAUCGAUUUGGCUAGGAAAUUCUCCCCAAUAAUAAAAAAAGUGAAUUUUCCUGUGAACGAGUUGAGAAUAGAAUUUGAUUGUUCUAUUUCUUCCUCUUGGGUAGAAAUCGAUGCAGUCGAAAUCGUUGGAGGUGAAUGCCCUGAACAGUUUAAAAAGAUGUGGGAUUCUUGUUAUCUGAUCAAGAAGGAUAAGGUAUCAGCAGACACAGCAUUUGCAAACUGUUUAGAUGCCGGUGGUUAUCUGGCCAACUUUGAAACAAUAGAAGAAGCUUUGCAAAUGAAAAAGAUUUUGAAGAAAAUGAACACAGGUACUUCCUUUUACGUUGGGGGAAGAAACAUAAACAGAAGAAAACCCGGGGGUGAUUGGAGGUGGAUCAAACAUGGACAAAUGACCAAAAUGACGUAUCAUGCCUUUGGUAUCGGACAGCCCAAUGGAUCUGAUAAGGCUCCCCAGGACUGCAUGUAUUUUGAUGUAGGAGAACGGUACACGUUCCACGAUGUCUUCUGCGAUAGUGAUACACACCUUGGUGGCUAUAUCUGCGAAGCAUGAAAAUUGUCAAAUUGAUUAUAAUA